AUGGCUAUUGCAACGCCGAUUCCUAAGUUGAAGAGAGAUGGCGCUGAAGGCAUAGCUAAAGAUACAUCUGGCGUUCUCAGUGGUAAUGUCAUUCAAGUACCCGUAAAAGUUGUUGCCUGCGGAAAUACUGUCAGUUUAGUUGGUCCACUUAAUCAAGCUGCGGUUAUUUCUGCAGAAUACGGUUGUUAUGUAGCGUUUGUUGCAAAUAAUUAG